AUGAGAGAGGAGCACAAGUCUAAUUGGAAGUGCGAAAAGUGUGUUGACAGCUCGCCGACGCUGGAUUCUGGUGCCGGUGACACUAGUUUAUCGAAUAUCACAACUAGGAAGCGGCUUGGAACGGACUCUGUUUCCACCUGUCAUACGCCUUCCAGUGCACUAUUGAGUACGGCUGCGGCUGAGGAAGGGUCUUCUGUCAUUGUUGCUGAGAUGCGUUUGCUGCGCGAUGAUAUAAUAUCUGCAGUACGUGUGGAAAUACAAGGGUUUCAAAAGUCAAUGCGUGCUGAAAUGCAAGAGUUUCGAAAGUCCAUCGCUAGUCUUACCUCUGCGGUCGGUGCAUGUAACAAUCGCAUAGAUGAACUCACUAAGCGAGUGGAGUAUCUUGAGAAAUGCUCGUCCAACCCAGAGCCCACUGAUGUUUGUGAAUUCAAAAAAACCAUUGCUGCUUUGAAACUCGAACUGAAUGAUCGUGACCAGGGUUUGUUAAGUAAUGAUCUUGAGAUUGCAGGAAUACCUGAAGAUAAAAAUGAAAAUCCCAUUCACCUCGUUCUUGCAGUCGCCAUGAAGAUGGGCGUUACGCUGGAGGAGCGUGAUAUCGUCAGUGCUGAGCGUGUGGGUGGAGUUUUGCGGCGGCGUCCGGAAUCUGACCCAAAGGAGAGCCUGCGCCCGGGCCCUAUCGUUGUGCGACUGGCGCGUCGUACUCAGCGUGAAGAACUCCUGUCAGCGGCGCGUGUCCGCCGAAAUGCGACUACUGCUGGUUUGGGUUUGGCAUCACCUGAGCGUCGACUAUAUGUUAAUGAGCGUCUAACGCGACUCAACCGUCACAUUUUUUACAAGGCUCGCAGUGAAUCACUGCGUGCAAAUUACAAAUAUGUAUGGACACGUGACGGUAAAAUCUUCACACGUAAAGAACAUGGUGCGGAACGACAUCGCCUGCGAUCUGAGGAUGACAUUGCCAUAACUUUUGGCUUGGGAUAA